GCUUUGCAGCCGGACCCAGGGAAGGUUUACUUGCAAUCGGAAGCAGCCCAACAGAAGGGGAAGGAGAUGGAAGAGCAGGACCCAGAAGGACCAGGAAUUGGGAAGAGACUGAGAAACGACCCUCAUCCCAUUCAGAAAGGAAGUGGUGUUAAUUUCUGGGAAAGGGCUGUGUCGGGGAUCCUGCAUCAGGGCACUGGGAUCCCAGAAGAACACUGCCAGCAUUUUCGGUGGUUCUGCUACCAUGAGGCUGUUGGGCCCCAAGAGAUUUGCAGCCAGCUCCAUCUGCUUUGCAUCCGCUGGCUGAAGCCAGAGAAGCACACCAAGAAGCAGAUCCUGGACCUGGUGAUCCUGGAGCAGUUCCUGGCCAUCCUGCCCCUGGAGAUGGAGAGCUGGGUCAGAGGAUGUGGGCCGGAGACCAGUUCCCAGGCGGUGGCCCUGGCCGAAGGUUUCCUUCUGAGUCAGGCGGAGGAGAAGAGGCAGGCAGAGCAGAUGAGGGAACCAUCUGUGAAGAUGGAAGCAAAGUCCUCUGUGGAGGAAGGAUCUCAGCCUGCCCAGGAUGCCUUCUCAUAUGGAAGUGAAGAGAUGGUGUCAAGCUAUUGCCCUUGUGGAGGAGUGGAAACCGCUGCUGCCACUGCAGACCAGUCCGCAGCUUCCUUUGAGGAUGUGGCCGUGUAUUUCACCGAGGCUGAGUGGGCCCUGCUGGAUCCGGGCCAAAGAGCUCUUUACGUGGAAGUCAUGCUGGAGAACUAUGGGAACGUGGCCUCUCUGGCAGGAAAUGUUGAUGAGACGAUGAGGAAAUCUGAGUGGUUCUCUCUAGAAAAAGACAAAAACCGAGAGUCUGAAUGUACCUUUAGGAAUCAAGAUGGACCACAGAAGCAGGAGGGAAGCCAUGCAGAGAAGACAAGGGAUAGAGCUCUUCCAUGCCAAGAAAGGCAUUUCUGUGAAGUAUUUGCCAUGGUGAAGGAAACAUACAAGAGCUUGGAGCAUGGAGUGAUCUUUUCUGAUCAAACUCAAUAUAAUAUCCAUUUGCAAAAGCACCCUGGGAAGGUUUGUGAAUGUCUGCAGCCUGGAAAGAGCUUCCUUUGUGGAGAAGAGUUCAUGAGUCACGGAAGGAUCCAUACAGGAGAGAAAAUGCAUAGCUGCUUAGACUUCAGCAAGAGGCUCUCAGAGGAAACAAAGCUUAUUCAACACCAGAUAGUUCAUUCAGAAAGGAGUUCUAAGCAGGACUACUCAGAAGUUAACCCCAUUUUAUUUGAUGGGUCUUCCUCUUGGGAAAGCAUUCUUAGGAUUGCACACUCAGGAGGGAAGCCAUCUAUCUGCACAGAGAAUGGAAAUAUUUUAUCUGAUGGGAAGGCACAUAAAUGCUUUCCAUGUGGAAAGUAUUUCAAGAACAGAGCUGGUCUCCUUUUGCACCAAAGAAGCCACACAGGGGAGAAACCUUUCGAAUGCUCAGAGUGUGGAAAGAGAUUCAGUCGGAAAGGCACUCUUCAACGGCAUCAAGGAACCCACACCAAAGAGAAAUCUUUUGAAUGCUCAGCAUGUGGAAAGAGAUUCAGUUGCUAUGUCACUCUUCAGCAACAUCAGAAAAUCCACACAGGGGAGAAACCUUUUGAAUGCUCGGAAUGUGGAAAGCGAUUCAGGUUGAGUGGUCAUCUUCAAGACCAUCAAAGAAUGCACAGUGGGGAGAAACCUUUUGAAUGCUCAGAGUGUGGAAAGAGAUUCAGAUACAAUAGCAAUCUUCGACAGCAUCGAAGAUUCCAUACAGGUGAGAAGCCUUUUGAAUGCUCAGAGUGUGGAAAGAGAUUCAGUGACAGCAGCACACUUAAAAAGCAUCUAAGAACCCAUACAGGAGAGAAACCUUUUGAAUGCUAUGAGUGUAGGAAGAGGUUCAGUCUGGGUUUCAUUCUUCAACAGCAUCAAAGAACGCACACUGGGGAGAAACCUUUUGAAUGCUGGGAGUGUGGAAAGAGAUUUACUCAGAGUGUCGCUCUUCAGCAGCAUCAAAGAACCCACACAGGUGAGAAACCAUUUCAAUGCUUGGAGUGUGGAAAGAGAUUCAGUCACCGUGGCACACUUCAGAAACAUCUAAGAACCCAUACAGGGGAGAAACCUUUUGAAUGCUCGGAGUGUGGAAAGACAUUCAGUCAAAAUGACCAUCUUCAGCAGCAUCUAAGAAACCAUACAGGAGAGAAACCUUAUGAAUGCUUGGAGUGUGGAAAGAGAUUCAAUCAGAAUGACCAUCUUCAGCGCCAUCAAAGAAUUCACACAGGGGAGAAACCUUUUGAAUGCUUGGAGUGUGGAAAAAGAUUCAGUCAGAGUUUCCAUCUUCAACAGCAUCAAAGAAUCCACAUAGGUGAGAAACCUUUUGAAUGCUCGAAUUGUGGAAAGAGAUUCAGUCACCGUGGCACACUUAAAAAGCACCUAAGAACCCACACCAGGGAGAAACCUUUUGAAUGCUCAGAGUGUGGGAAGAAAUUCAGUGGGAGAGUCACUCUUCAAAAGCAUCAAAGAACCCACAUAGGGGAGAAACAUUUUGCAUACCUGAACUGUGGAAGGAAAUUCAGUCAUAGUAACCAUCUUCAACAACAUCAAAAAAUCCACAAAGGUGAGGAUCUGUCUGAAUGA